UCAGUGCUCAGAUUGUGUUGUUGCGUAUAAAAGGUGGCAGCACUUGGAUGCUUUAUCACUUGAAGACAUUGUUGAGCUACAACAAUGCUACGCAAGGGUAUUACAGAGAGCUUUGGAGCUGCCAUCCGUGCCCUUAACAUCACCCAGCUGACAGAUGGUGUGAUUAACAGGAGCAAAAGGAUGAUGCUGGACAACCUGGGCGUUGGGCUGUUAGGAACCAGGACAGCUGUCUUUAACAAGGCUCUCACGUACAGCCAGUUGUUCACAUCUCAUGAGCGGAGCAGUGUUUGGGGUAGAUCAGAGAUAACUCUUCCUCCCCAUUAUGCAGCAUUUGUCAACGGCGUCGCGGUUCACUCCAUGGACUUUGACGACACUUGGCACCCUGCUACUCAUCCCUCAGGCGCUGUGCUACCGGCCCUGCUGGCUCUGGCAGAGACGCUGCCCAGUCAGCCCUCUGGUCUCGACCUGCUGUUGGCCUUUAACGUUGGCAUCGAGGUGCAGGGUAGACUCAUGAGGUUCUCCAGAGAGGCCUACAACAUCCCAGAAAGAUUCCACCCUCCCAGUGUUGUUGGCGUGAUGGGCAGUGCCGCAGCCUCAGCUAAGCUCCUGGGUCUGUCCCCUGCACAGUGCAGUCAUGCUCUGGCUGUCGCAGCCUCCUCCGCUGGGGCUCCCUUAGCCAACGCCGCCACACAAACCAAACCUCUCCAUAUUGGCAAUGCUGCUCAGAGAGGCCUGGAGGCUGCUCGGCUGGCCCAGAUGGGACUGGAGGGGAAUCCCGCCAUCCUGGAUCUGAACUCUGGGUUUGGCGUUUACUACAAAGACUACAGUCCUUCACCCAUGGAAGUUUCUCCUUCUGCUGACUUUAAAUGGAUUCUGGAAGACCAGGAUGUGGCCAUCAAGCGCAUCCCUGCUCACCUGGGGAUGCACUGGGUUGUGGACGCGGCACUGGCAGCCCGUGAAAAGCUUGAAAACACACUGGGGCACUUUGACCUCAGCCAGAUCAGACAUGUCACACUUCGAGUGCCUCCAUCUAAGUAUGUUGACUGCCCCUUACCUGCCACAGAGCACCAAGCGAGGCACUCAUUCCAGUUCAACGCCUCUUCCGCCCUGCUGGAUAACAAAGUAACAGUUUCUUCUUUCAGUGAUGCUCAGAUUAACCGGCCUGCUCUGAAGGAGCUGUUGUCCAAAGUGGAGGUGGAGACCCCGAAAGAUAAUCAGCCCAGCUUUGACAAGAUGUACUGUGAGGUGGAGAUAGAAACAGAGCAGGGGCAGAGUUUUACAGCCAGGUGUAAUACCUUUUAUGGCCACUGGAGGAAGCCGCUGAGUCAGGAGGACCUGGUGGAGAAGUUUUGCAUGAACGCUUCCUCAGUGUUGUGCUCAGAGGGAGUGGAGGGUGUGAUUGAUGUGAUAGGAAACAUUGAGAGAGUGAGAAGGUGUUCAGUCUUGGGUUCAUAUCUGAGAAUGACAAGUGGUCAACAGGAGCAGUUAUACAGCACACAGAGAGUGUGAUUAUACAGUGUGUGAUGAGGCCGGUGUAGUGAGUGUG